AUGGCGGGUCGCGACAGCGUGCAGAUCCCCGACGACCGGGACUUCGGGGCGUUCCGGGCAGAGUGCGAGUCGGAGCGCGGCUGGAGCCUCACCUACAGCAAGGGCGGGGUGGGGGUCUGGGUGCAGCUGCUGGAGCCCGAGCGUGCCCUCCACAAGAUCAAGUGCAGGAUGGAGUGCAGGGACGUGCCGGCAGAGACGCUGUACGAUGUGCUCCAUGACAUCGAGUACCGCAAGAAGUGGGACACCAACGUCAUCGAGACCUUUGACAUCGGGAGGCUGACGGCCAACUCCGAUGUGGGCUACUACGCCUGGAGGUGUCCCAAGCCCCUGAAGAACCGGGACGUGGUCACACUCCGCUCCUGGCUGCCCAUGGGCUCUGACUACAUCAUCAUGAACUACUCUGUCAAGCAUCCUAAGUACCCACCCCGCAAGGACAUGGUGCGGGCAGUCUCCAUCCAGACAGGCUACCUGAUCGAGGGGACAGGUGCCAAGAGCUGCACCAUCACCUACCUGGCACAGGUGGACCCCAAAGGUUCUUUACCAAAGUGGGUGGUGAACAAAUCCUCCCAGUUCCUGGCCCCCAAGGUGAGUUUGUGGCGCUGGGGUGGGUCUGGUGUGGGGGCAAGGGGCCUCUGUGCCCAUCUCACUCUUCCCCAGGCGAUGAAGAAGAUGUACAAGGCAUGCCUCAAGUACCCUGAGUGGAAGCAGAAGCACGACCCUCACUUUAAGCCCUGGCUGUUUCCGGAGCAGAGCCGGCUCCCAGCCCUGGCACUCUCCGAGCUCUCCCUCCAGCAUGCGGAUUCCCUGGAAAACAUUGAUGAAAGUUCCCUGGCCGAGAGCAAGGAGGACCGUGGCGAGGGCAGUGAUGAGGACAGCCUGACCUGAUUCCCUUGGGAGCUCCUCUUCUUGUUUCCGUGGCUAGGACAGCCUGACAUGACCCCCCCUGGGGGCUCCUCUCCCUGUCCCCCCACUUCCAACAUGGUUUGUGUCUCUAUCUCACAUACCUGUACACAUGCACCCCACUUUGGGUUCAGGGGGACCCCCCCAUUGUUGUACCCCUGUCUGGGGACAGCAGGGACAUAGUGGGUCCCCUAGGGUGGGAAGUUGGGGGUUGUCUGGUCACUUAGCCCUUGUGGGACACCAGUAUUGUCCCUAUUGAUGGCAAACCCAAAGUGCCCUUCAGCUUUUGAGAGGGCAGAGGAAAAGGGGGACCCUGUGCCUCCUCCUCAGCCCUGGAGACCCUUCCACUGCGCUCCCCCUCUGCCCUCCAUCCUUGCUCCCCACCUCUGUUUUGGUCCAACAGAACUGCCUUCAUCUCAUGGGAUCCCCACCCCCAGCAGACCCCCAGGGGGUGCUUGGGCACCUGCCUGGACCUCUGGGCAUGCAGAGGGAUUUUGGGAGGCUCCUGGCACCUCCUGGCAUGCUGGGAAGGAGGGCCUUUGGGGUUUUUUGGCAUCCCCAAGCAUGUAGAGGGGAAGCUUCUAGGCUCCUGGCGCCUCCAGCAUGUUGAAGGGGAUAUUGGGGUCUUACCUUCAGGCGUGUAGGAGGAGUUGAGUGGCUCAUGGCACCUCCAGAUGUGCUGCAGUGGGUGUUUUGGGGGCUUGUGGGAUCUCCAUUCAUCUGGGGGUGGAUCUUACGAGCUCUCAGCAUCUUCAGGUUUGUUUGGGGGAGGCUUUGGGGUAAGUUCACACCUCCAGGUGUGCUGAGUGUCUCUAGGGGCUGCCAGCAUCUUCAGGCACAUUGAGAGGACUUGGUGGGUGGGCUCCUGGCACCUCCAGAUGUUCUGUGAGUCUCUGAAGGCUCCUGUCCCCUCCCUCACCUUUCCAGGAUGGGGACCCUUUCCAAGCUGGGUGCCUGGACCCUUCCUCCACUGGAAUUUGAGGCCUUGACUGGGGGUUUGGGAGCUGGUCUUUGGCCAUGCUCCUGCCCCCUUCUUUUCUGGGGGUGCACAGGGACAUGGGAGAUUUUGUACCUUGUACUGGAGCUGAUUAUUUAGGAAUAAAAUAAUUAAAUCUGGCAUGGGAAGGA